AUGACAAAGUUGAGAACCCCUGCUAUUAGCCGUCUGCAGAAGAUACACAACAUAGAGCUGUUUUUUAGAGCCUUGCAGGAGCAGGGUCUGGCUUUUAACUUGAUGCCAGGCUCAGUAACACCAAGAGAUGUUGUUGAUGGUCAUAGGGAGAAGACUCUGUCACUUCUGUGGCAGCUAAUCAUUCACUUCCAGAGCUCAGUUCUUGUGAAUGAAGCACACCUGAAAGAAGAAAUUGACAUUUUGAUGAAGUCUCUUCGAUUGAAAAUUGCUAUGCAAAAAAUCGGAGCUUUGGCCAUUGAGGAUUAUCAAGCCCGUAGAGAUUCAGGGGACACCAAACUGAUCAUGGAGAACCAGAGGCUGCAGCUGAUAUUCCAGUGGUGUCGGCUUGUGUGUCUUCACUAUGGGUUGAAAAUUGAGAAUUUCACUGUUUCUUUCUCCGAUGGCCGGGCUCUGUGUUGUCUGUUGCAUCACUAUCAUCCAGCCUUGCUGCCUUUGGCUGAGAUCCGCUUUGAGACCACCAUCAGUCUUCAGGAAAAUGCAGAGGAUAAAUAUCAGCAAGACAUCAAUGACAGCCUGGAUGGAGGAAUCAUCGCUGGUGCUUCUGAUGAAAACAACCCAGAGGUGUUUGAAAGACUCUUAGCCAAUGAGAAGUCAAACUAUAAAACUUUGUAUGAAAAGGUAACUAAAAAUGUGAUUGCUGGAAUUCCGGUGCUUAUAUGUGUAUCUAGAUCAUCUCAUUCGGUUAGGACAGAAUUUCAGUCAUCUGACGAAAUCUCCUACAAGAAUCAAGACCAAGCUCGCUCGAGAACCGAAAACUUUUCAAGAAAAACACAAGCAGCAGUUAUGAUUCAGCACUGGUUUCGAUAUGUGCUAGCCAAGCAGAAGAAGAUCAGAGAGGCCGAGAUUCGAGCUGCAGUCCACAUUCAGGCCACUUGGCGAGGUUUUGCUGCUCGUCUUUAUGUGGCCAAGCUGAAACAGAUGAUCCAGGAGGGUGAGCUUCCAGUCAUCUCCAAGUGUCAGAGACUGUGGCAGCCCCAGUUAGUUGAGCACUACCGUGAGAUACUGCUCAAACAGCAAAAGAUGCAGGAAACCAUUCACAGAAGAGAAGAGGCAGCUGCUAUCACCAUACAAAAACAUGUUAGACGAUUUCGCUGCCAGCAAGAAUUUCUGCGUCACCAAGCGUCUGUCAUCAGGAUUCAGGCUUUGUGGAGAAGACAGUUGGCAAGAAAACAAUUCUCUGCACUUAAGAAAAAGCAGAUAGAAAAUGCAGCAGUUGUUAUUCAGAACUGGAUGAAAAUGCAUGUCUGUUUGAUUCAGUACAGGAAGAUAAGAAAUGCUGUAAUCUCAUUUCAGAAGUGUUGGAGAAUAAGACAGAGCAGACGUAUAUUGCAAGCGCUCAGGGCUGAGAAAUGCUCAAAGGCUGCUAUUGUGAUUCAGAAACAUGUUAAAGGUAGACUACAACAGAGGAAAUUUCAGGAACUCAAACAAGCUGUAGUUGUCUUGCAGGGCUACUGGAGAAAGAAACAAGCAAAGAGAGAGCUAGCAAAGCUGAAAACAGACAGAGCAAACAAAGCAGCUGUUCUUGUGCAAGGCUUCCUGAAAUCAGUCAUUUGUCGACAGAAGUAUGUGAGACUGAGAAAUGCAACCAUAAUUUUACAGAAAAACUGGAGAAAAAUUAUUGCCCAGCGGAAAUUAGUGGCUUUGAAAGCAGAAAGAGGCCACAAAGCAGCCAUUGUGAUACAAAAGUGUUUCAGACGUUACAGAGUUCAGCGUCAGUUGCGUGCUCAGCAGAAAUCUGCCAUCUUGAUACAGUCUAUGUGGAGAAUGUUACUGGCAAAGAGAGAAUUGCUGGAGUUACAACAGAAACAGCAGGAACAAGAGAAACAAGCAGCAGUUGUGAUACAAAAGUAUUAUAAAUGUUACAAAGCUCAGCAACAGUACCGUGCUCAACAGAAAUCUAUUAUCUUGAUACAGUCUAUGUGGAGAAUGUUACUGGCAAAGAGAGAAUUGCAGGAUUUAAAACAAAAGCAACACAAAGAAAAUCAAGCAUCAGUUGUGAUACAAAAGUAUUUCAAAUGUUACAAAGCUCAGCAACAGUACCGUGCUAAGCAAAAAUCUGCUGUCUUGAUACAAUCAACAUGGAGAAUGUUACAAGUAAAGAGGGAAUUGCUGAAGUUGAAACAAAGACAACAACAACAAAAUCAAUCAGCAACUGUGAUACAAAAGUAUUUCAGAUGUUACAAAGCUCUGCAACAGUAUCAUGCUCAACGUAAAUCUAUUAUCUUGAUACAGUCAGUGUGGAGAAUGUUACAAGCAAAGAGAGAAUUACAAACAUUGAAACAGAAGCAACGAGAACAUUCAGCCACUCUUAUACAGUGUUGCUACAGAGGGUUCAGAUGUAAGCAAGAGUUCCAGAAAUAUAAAAGGGCUGCUAUUACAAUCCAGAAAACAUGGAGGAUGCACUGUGCAAAGAAUAUGUUGACAAGACUUCAGUUAGAGAAUCAGCUGCAUGCAGCAACUAAAAUUCAGAGAUAUUUCAGAGGGUUCAUACAGAGAAGAGGUUACAUUCGACUGAAGCGUUCAACUGUUGCUAUACAGAAGUGGUGGAGAGCUGUUCUGGCCAUGAAACUCUUAAAGGAACUUAGACAUCAACAACAGGAAACUGCAGCUCUUGUACUUCAGAGUCACUUCAGGAUGUGGAUGUGCAGAAGUUAUUUUCUCAAGCUGAAGACAGCUGCAGUAGUUUUGCAGGCUACCUGGAAAAUGAUCAGAGAUCGCAGGUUGUAUUUAACAUUGAGGUCGACAAAGCGCGAAAGAUCAGCUUUGUGCAUUCAAAAAGUGUGGAGAGGAUAUGUAACACGCCAGAUAUUAGCGUCAAGAAGAAGAGCUGCAACUGUCAUACAGUGCUGGUGGAAAAUGACCCAGGCGAAACAGCAGUACUGGCGCAUUAAAGAAGCAACAUCACUUAUACAAGCUUGGUACAGAGCUGCAGUUUUAGGCAAACACCAGCGAUCAGUCUUUCUUAAUCAAAAGGUGUCUGCUAUUCUUAUUCAGAGCUGGUGGAGAAGCCAGAUCCUCCGACAUAAAUUUCACAAAAUAAGGCGUUCAGUUGUGAUCAUACAAGCCCAUUGUAGGCGCUUUCAGUGCAGGCAGAAAUUUCUGGCAGUGAAAGAGGCAACCAUUGUCAUACAGUAUCAUUGCAGAAAUUACAUUCACGGUCUUGAAGUUAGAAAAGAAUAUGUAACCAAGAAGAGUGCAGCUAUUGUCAUUCAGAAAAGCUUUCGCAGAUACCUACGUAAAAGAAAUAUAAAACAAACAGCAGCUGCACUUGUUUUGCAAACUGCAUUCAGAAAAAUACAAGCUCAGAGGAAAUAUCUACAACACAAACAAGCUGCUCAGACAAUCCAGAAAUAUUUUAGAGAAUAUCUAAAAACUAGAACAACCAGGCAACAUUUUCUCCAUCAAAAACACGCUGCCCAGACAAUUCAGAAAUAUUUUAGAGAAUAUCUGAAAACUAGAACAACCAGGCAACAAUUUCUCCAUCAAAAACAUGCUGCCCAGACAAUUCAGAAAUAUUUUAGAGAAUAUCUGAAAACUAGAACAACCAGGCAACAAUUUCUCCAUCAAAAACACGCUGCCCAGACAAUUCAGAAAUAUUUUAGAGAAUAUCUGAAAGCUAGAACAACCAGGAAACAAUUUCUCCAUCAGAAACACGCUGCCCAGACAAUUCAGAAAUAUUUUAGAGAAUAUCUGAAAGCUAGAACCAUCAGACAACAGUUUCUCCGGCAGAAGCAAGCGGCGAGCAUUAUACAAACCACUUACAGAGCCAUUUUAAUCAGAAGACAAUAUUUAUACAUUCGUCAGUCGGCCAUAAAGAUACAGGCCCAUAUUAAAGGAAGAAUUAUGCGGAAUCAGUUUCAGAAACUAAAACAUGCUGCUGUUACAAUCCAGGUACACUUCCGAUCAGUUAGACUAAGCAAGAUGCACCGAGAAGCUUUCUUGCGGUUAAAAACAUCAGCCGUCAUUAUUCAGAGACUCUACAGAUCAAGAUUAGCUGAAAGGAGGGCCUUGAAAGAGUUGGCUUGCCAACAUGCUGCAGCUACAAGAAUUCAAGCUGUCUAUAGAGGCUGGAGACAGAAUAAUAAGUAUCUGUUACUGCAAGCAGCAACCGUUAUGAUCCAGCAAUGGUAUAGGUCUUGUUUGGCAGGUAGAGCUGUGAGGACUGAGAUUAUGCAGCUGAGACAGGCUGCAUGCAUUAUUCAGAAGCAAUUUAGAUUGUUCAAGCGAGUGCAGGAGGUGAAAAGGCACACUGAGGAGUUGAGCUCUGAGAAACAAAGAGAACAAAUAAAAAUACUGGGAGAAAAAAAGUGUGGAAUUGAAGAGGAAGUGAGUAUGGGUAGUGCUGGAGCAAAGAAAAGAGCAGAAGAAAUAUGUGACAUUAAAGGAGUGAGAGUUUGUAAUGCAGGAGUUGAGAGGACUGAAGAACAGUGUGACACUGAAGGAGAAGUGAGUGUUAGUAAUGCAGGAGCUGAGAGCAGAAAAGAAGGAAAAUGUCACAAUAAUGAGGAAGUGAGUGUUAGUAAUGCAGGAGCAGAGAGCAGAAAAGAAGGAGAAUGCCACAUUAAUGAGGAAGUGAGUGUUAGCAAUGCAGGAGCUAAGAGCAGAAAAGAAGGAAAAUGCCACAUUAAUGAGGAAGUGAGUGUUAGUAAUGCAGGAGCUGAGAGCAGAAAAGAAGGAAAAUGUCACAUUAAUGAGGAAGUGAGUGUUAGUAAUGCAGGCACUGAGAGCAGAAAAGAAGGAAAAUGCCACAUUAAUGAGGAAGUGAGUGUUAGUAAUGCAGGCACUGAGAGCAGAAAAGAAGGAAAGUCUGACAUUGAAGGGCGAGUAAGUGUGACAAAUUCCGGAGCUGAGAGCAGACACAAAGAAAAAUGUGAGAUUACAAGCAAAGUGAGAGUUGGUAAUGUGGGGUUUGAGAACAGAACAGAAGAAAAAUGUGACAUAGAAGAGGAAAACAGCAUUGGUAAUGCUAAAAAUGAAAGCUGGACAAAAGAAAAAGGUGACAUUAAAGGGGAAGUGAGUUGGGCAGCUAUAGCUGAAGAUGAGAGGACGGAAGAAAACAGUGACAUUGAAGAGGAUAUGAAUGCAGCAGCUGAUGCUGAAGGUGAAAGGAGAACAAAAGAAACAAGAAGAGAACAAGCUGCAGUUGUUAUUCAGAAAUUCAUGAGGGGAUAUCAGGCCAGAAUCAAAUAUUUUGAAAAGCUGGCAAUAAGGAAUUAUGCUGCAGAAGGAACUAUUGCGGGAAUACAGUGUCAAGAAGAAUUUGUAGCUAAACAUAAUGCAGCUGUUAUAAUACAGACAUAUUUUAGAAUGAAAUCACAGAGACAAUGCCAUCAGGAUCACAUACAGUUAAUGGUUGCUCUUCAGGCAUGUAUUAGGACAUUCAUCCAAAGACAUCGAUACAGAGAGAGUGUGAAACAAGUGGUUAAACUGCAGAGAAGGGUGAGAAGUCUGCAACAGAUGAGAAAAACCAGGAAGGAAUUGUUGAACCUUUAUCAAGGUGCUGUUACAGAUGAGACCUCUGUUUCAGCCAAGCUGGCACAAAGGUGCCAUCGUCUAGAGGGGUCUGUGUUGAAAAUACAGUCAUCUUGUAAACUGCAAUAUCUGGGUGAUUCUUCUCAAGAAUCCGAAGCAUCAGAUUCUGAUACGAAAUUUGGGGAAAUGAAAUGGCAGCAGUUAGUCAAGGAAACAGCUGUAGCUGUCCAGAGCUUGGGUCAUACUUACCCAAGUUGUGAGACUGAGACAAGACAUUUAGCUCCUGUGGGCAUCACUUGUACUCAUCUGCAAUCCCAGAAGAAAUGUUGCCAGGAAAAGAAUGCUUCAGCUGCUGUAAUUCAAAGAGUUGUAUGGAGGUACAUGCACAGAAGGCAAAUGGUCAAACUUGAGUCUGUUGUGACCAUUCAAGCAAGUAUCAGGCAGUACUUGUGUAGAUGCCACUUCCUGGCCAAACUUCGAUCACUUGUGAUACUGCAGGCAGCUGUCAGAGGCUUUCUUGCCAGAAGACUGGGAGCAGUCCUGCGGAAGAGGCACAAGGCCGCCAUUUGUCUACAGGCUCAUAUUAGAGGCUAUUUUGUACGGAAGCAAUUUUCAUCGCUUUUUUAUUUCUCACAGACACUGCUGCAAGAAAACAUUCAGUCAAUGUGGAAACAGAAGAAAGAGAAUGGAGCAGCCAUUAUGAUCCAGGCAAAGUGGAGGGGGUUUAUCACCCGCAAGAACACAAAAGACAGGAAGCUAACCCGGGCCAGGAAAAGGCUCAAGGAAGCAAACAGACAGGCAACGGAAGAGAGGACACUCGGUUCUCGAACUGCUUCAGCCCUAGAUUUUCUCCUGCAAGAGAAAGAUGUCGGCCACAUUCUUGAAGCUCUCAUGCACUUGGAGGUAUGCACACGGCUGUCACCGAUAUGUUGUGAGAGACUGGUGGAGGUGAAUGCAGUUCCAGGGUUGUACCGGUUGAUUGGCAGUUGUAACCGCAGUGUCCCCCACAUGGAGUUGAUCAAAUACUCUGUCAGCAUCCUACUGAACCUGGCUAAGUAUGAGAAAACGAUUUCGGCUGUCCUGGAGCCAGAAGACAGUGUGACUACCAUAGUAGAACUGCUGCACAUUUACAGGGAGAAAGGAGCCAUUUUCAAUUACUGCUGUAUGCUGCUUGGCAUUCUGGGCCUGCACCCAGGCAGGAGAGCGGUAAUUUUGAAGAAUCCACUCAUUGUUGAUCGAUUACAGAGCAUCCAUGCUCUGUCCCUUCGCAAACAUCGGAUGAAUCGAAACCGUCAAGUGAUGCAAGCCAAGAUGGCCGCACUGAGAAGCUUCAACUGUACGUUGCCACUCCUGACCCCGUCUAAGAGCAAACAUCGGAGAAUCAGACCUGAAUGG